AAAGAUACCAUACUCUAUUUAAGGCGUUAUGCCCUUACUAAUUAUGGCUGCCGCAACAUCAAACUUCUCGAGAUGAUAACAUUAUUUUACAGUGGCUAUGGCUGGUGCCAAGAAAAGCUCUAAAGAAAAGAAAAAAAGGCGAAGGUCAGACUCUUGCGAAGGUGGAACCCGAGUUGAAAGAAAGAGGAGGUCCACGGAUGUCAGCCACACUCAGCAUGAAUCUGAUAUUUCCCAUUUAGCUGCUGCCACCAAGGAAGAGGAAGAAGACGAACCUAGUGACAUAGAAGAAGGAGGCCUAGACCUAAAUGUUCCUCUUAAGCCAAUUAGCUUCUAUAUUUCUGAUAAAAAGGAAAUGCUUCAGCAGUGCUUCAGAGUGGUAGGGGAGAAAAAACUGCAUAAAAUGCUUCCUGACUUAUUAAAGGUCUAUUCUACUGACGAGAUCAAACAGAUGUGCCUGGAACAGCUGGAGUUGCUUUCUGAAAAGAAGCUUCUGAAAAUACUUGAUGGUGAGCAAGGAAUUGAUUCUGCCACAGAAGAGGAAACUAUAGGUCAUGUAGGAAAUUCAGAGAUAAUUACUCAACAAGACAACAAUGUAGAUUCCACUUCUUCUUUAAGAGAUAUUGCUGGGGUGGAAGAAUCAGAUACAAAAACAGGCAGAGGAGAAGAUUUUGAUGCUAUCAGUAUAAAUGCUGAUACAUAUGACAGUGACAUAGAAGGUGCAAGUUGCGAGGAACGGAAUACUGAUGCAUCUGCUACUCUGCCCAUUAAAGCAGCCGAACAGCCUGAUGACCUAGUGAUGGACAUUGAGAAAAGUGUGAGCGAGAUCUUAGGCUUGGCAGAGCCAUUAUCUGAAGAGAUUCCGCCUGCUGCAGUGAAUGUGCUCCCUGAGGAUGUUCAGCCAUCAGCUCAACAGCUUGAUCUAUUGGAAUUAGAGAUGAGGGCCCGCGCAAUCAAAGCCUUGAUGAAGGCUGGCGAUGUGAAGAAGUCUUAAAACUGUUGUGCUUUUAUUUUAUUUUUACUUGCAUUCAAUUUAAUGAGAGAUAUCUGUAACUUAUCAAGCAAAAAUUUCUAACAGGCUCUCGGUACAGAAUUAUCAGGCAAGGUUAAAAUCUUUUCUGUAGUGUCUUUGUACCAUUUUUUUAAAUCACAAUAUAUCUGCAGUAGUGUCAGUCUGAACUCUGGUAAAGCAAGCCGUAUUUGUAUUAGCUUGUUUUAUUGCCGGAUGGUAGCAUUUCAUUAUUUAAAAAUCGUGACAGCAGUUGCUUGCCUUUUUGUAUCACUUGUCAGAAACAGAAUGAUUUUCCAAAGAAUGUGCUUCAUUAAAUGGAAAUAUUGAUUUUCUA